AUGGAAAAAAAACAUGUUGGCGUGCAAAUACAAGAUGUUCCCCCAGCACAUGUUAAAUUAAAUCGAAAUGAAAAAUUCGUUUAUAUUACAAGUACAACAAACUGCGUGUCUUAUCAAAUAGCAGCUAUAGUUUCAUACCCAGAAAAGGCAGAUUUAUUGAAUACCAGUAUAGAUAAUGGAAAAUCACUGCACGAGAGUAAUAAAAUAGCGUUGCUGCUGCACGGGAGUCAAUCUCACAAAAACGCCAUUUAUCAAGCUUUAUUGGCAAACAGCCUGAGCCAAUCGGGAUAUUGGGUACUAAGAAUCGAUUUUAGAGGACAAGGAGAUUCAUCAGACAACUGCGAUUCUACUGUCGGCAGGACGCUCGAUCAGGAUCUUGAAGAUAUGUGUACAGUGUACCAAACAAUAUCUGACAAAUCCCUCAGGAAGCAGUUGUACAUGACGGGAACAAUAUCGCUAGAUGUGAUUGUCGCACAUUCUAGGGGUUCUCUUGCUAUGUUCACAUUCUACCUACAGUUGCUCGCAAGUGCAUCUACUUUGCCGUCUUACUUGAUUAAUUGUGCUGGAAGAUAUGAUGGAAGCGGACUUAUCGAACGAUGUACACGGCUGCACCCAAAUUGGCAAACUGAAGGAGGGUUCCGGGCAAGUGGUCCACGAUAUGGCAAAUACAAAGAUCUCUGGAUCCCAUCGAGCGAAACUUAUAGUAUUGCCAGCGUUUGUGUUGAAAAAUUCGCCGCUAUACCAUCUACCUGCUCCAUAAUGUCCUGCUACGGUUUAUGUGAUCACAUAGUCCCACUUAGUGCAGCCUCAAAUUAUAAAGAGCUUUUUAAGGGCCGACAUACCUUGACGCUCAUUGAAAAUGCAGAUCAUAAUUACUAUGGUACUGAGAGUGAUCCAAAUGUAUUAAACUUACCGACAAGGAGGGGCAGAGUCAAUUAUUCACCACUCGUGGUAGAUUCAAUUAUGGAGUUCCUGGGAAAGACAUAA